UUCCCCACAUUUCAGUCUUCGUUUGCCGAGCGUCGUGCGCGCAAGUAUUCCUCAGAAACGCGGAUAGACGGCCUCCAAAGAACAACAAUAUAUACCUAAAAAAAAAGAAAAGAUAAAUCAGAAGAAAAACAAUAUAUGUAGUACCACCAACAACAGUGCUAGACAUGUUAAUACUAUAAAAGAGAGCAAAUGCAACCAGCAGCAAAUGAAAAAGAAAAGGAAACGUGAAAAGUGUAGUUGAAAACUUAAUUUUCUUCAAAUAAAAACCAUAUUUUUCCCAAAACGAUACAUAAUUCCAGAGAAGCAGAAGCUUAAGAAAAUUUUGGAAAAGUCACAAAUCAGUGCGUAAUGAAUCACGGCGGAGGCGGCAACUAAUUACGAAGCAAGGAAAUACCCACCUUUGGGUGAAGGAUUUUAGCAAUGAGCUGUCUGCACUUGAAGAACUUCAAAUGCGGCAAGUGGUCGCAGUCCUUAUCAAGGAGUUAAGCAACGGAAUAUCAUACCAAUCAAAAGGAAUCAUACAUCCAAAGGGAUUUCUCGGAAAGAAUUCUUCACCCUACUUCUAUUGAAAAGUCGUUUGAAAGGAGCGGCUUCAAAUAUGCCACAGCUCAGGCAGCUAGUGGUGGUGCUAGCCAUCCUGUCCCUCCUGGUGGAUCCCUCGUUCGCCCAGCGACCGCUGAGCAUGAACCACACCUUCAGCUCCCUGCCGAUGUCCCAGCAUCCGAGUUUCAACAGCUGGCCAGGUGCAUCCGGGGGCAAGCAACUGCGUAAUGGCCGGCUCCAUGAGCAGCCUUUGCCUCUGCCACAACCCACAUUGCCGGUGGCGACACAGUACGAGGACUACGAGGCGGCACCACCAGGAUCGCGAAGGGAUAACAAACGGCGACUGGCCCAAAUGGCUCAACGGCCUGGCAGCGGGAAUGGCGGGCGGCGCGGCAUGGAAUCCCUUCGAAAGGAGCUUAUGAAUCCUUCGGUUGGUGGUCCGGGCGGCGGUAUUUCCGGCGGAGGUACCGGGUAUCCUUCGUACUCCGGCACCUCAUCCAUUGGCCGAAUCGAUGGGCUGGGACCCGCGGAUCGGUACGGAGCGCUAUACGACCAGCUGAGACAACCCAGUGGAAUGGCCGCCAUGACAGCCGGACCUCUGGGAGGACCCUACUCCACUAGGUUCCCGCCUCUGUACGCUGGCGUGGACGACCAGCCCAAGCGCUCGAAUCGGAAGAACUCUAUCAGCGAGUUGUACAAGCUGAAGAAGGCCCUCAACCAGGCGGAUGAACCUGCUGGCGGGGUGACGCACGGAAACUUUGAAGGAGAUCCACAGCCUUCGUCGGCGGAUCCGCUGCAAGAAAUCAAGGAUCGCAUUCGAGAUACAUCCCCAAAUGCGAACACAUAUGCUCCCCACACGGAUGCCACGCCCUCAUCGGAGUACGAGUACGAACUGGGCGUAAAGUGCAACUUCGAGACCCCGUGCAGCUGGACCUGGGGCAACUAUUCGGAUGGUUUCCAAGUAAUAACUGGCACGGAGCUGUCGAAGAGGAAUCUCACAGGACUACUGCCAGGACCUGCAGCCGAUAGCAUCGACGAUGCCAACGGGCACUUCCUGUACGCCCGCGUGAACCCGUCUUCAAGGCCCCUGAAUCUAACCUCGCCCGAGUUCAGCACCACGAUGGAGAAGUGCUUUUUGGAGGUCUACAUGCACCAGAGUGACAUGAGUCACGGACUCUCGCGAGUGGUGGUGGAACCACUCCACACGGCGGAGAGCAGUUGGGUUCCGGCCGAGAUUCUGGGCGACAAUGUGCGCCAAUGGACCAGGAAGGUAUAUCGCCUGGGUCGCGUUUCACGGGAUUUCCGCAUCGUUUUCGAGGUGGUUCCCGAUCUGAGAGUGGGUCAGAAGGGUCAUGUGGCGCUGGACAACUUGCGCAUGGUGAACUGCUUCCCCGAGGGCACAAAGUCGGAGAAGUGCAGUACCUCGCAGGUCAAGUGCACCGCCAGCAAGGUGCCCGUGUGCAUCCAUCUGCCGCGCAUCUGCGAUAUCACCAGGGACUGUGAUGAGGCGGAGGACGAGCAGCAGUCAUGUGAUAAAAUACCCUAUGGCGGUCGUUGUGACUUCGAGGAGGACUGGUGCGGUUGGCGGGACUCGGGAAAGACAACGCUCACCUGGUCGCGGCACACGGGAUCGUCUCCCACCCACGAUACUGGACCGGAUGGGGAUCACACAAUGCAGCACUUGCAGAACAACACCAGUGGUUACUAUAUGCUGGUCAAUAUGAAUCAGCACAUGAACAACUCGGAGAAGAACUCGAUUAUUGGAUUUGCCAGCAAUGCGAUAAUGGUUAGCAAGACAUUCAAUCCACCGCCAUCGGUGCAUGGAAACCCGGACUCUGCCUAUCGUAACUCGUGUGUUGUGAGGUUUUUCAUCCAUCAAUUCGGCAAGAAUCCGGGCAGCAUCAAUCUCUCCGUGGUGGAGAUGAAGGAGAAGGAGAACAUCACCACCACACUCUGGUGGAGCACCAAAAACCAGGGCAGCGAUUGGCUAAGGGCUGAAUAUGUACUGCCCAACAUUACGUCCAAAUACUAUCUUCAGUUCGAAGCUCGCAUGGGCAUGCGAAUCUACUCGGAUGUGGCUGUGGACGACUUUUCACUAAGUCCCGAAUGUUUUGGCCUCAAUAUCCCAGAAGAUCACUUGGGUGGCUACAACUACUGGGAUGUCCGACAGAACCUAAAGAGUCCAACCUAUAAAGACUUUGAAUAUACCAACUAUCUUGAGUUAACCAGCUGCGACACUCGUGGCAUGAUAGGACCUUCCCAGGCGCAAUGUGAAGCUGCUUAUAAGGAGCAAAAUAAAACACAUGUUCUUCGGGAAGUCCAUGUGGUGGAGGACCAGAGCAGCUACAAGGGCAUGCAGAAGUGGAAGGUUCCCCACGAAGGACACUACACAAUCAUUGCCAAAGGCGCCAGUGGAGGGCUGGGUUCGGGUGGCGUUGGUAGCUCUCGCGGAUCAGUGGCUGUGGCUAUUCUGGAGCUCCACAAGCAUGAGGAACUGUAUUUCCUUGUGGGACAGCAGGGCGAGAACGCCUGCAUCAAGUCCAUGGGAGUUCUAAAGGAAGCCGGUUGCGGCACUGAUCACGACUUGGAUUUAGCCCAAUAUAGCUUCCGUUCCAAACAGGAUAUGGUCAAGAAUAUCUAUAUCGAAAAUGGUGCCGGCGGCGGUGGUGGUGGCUCCUACGUGUUCCUCCUUAACCAGGCCAAAAACGAGGCAGUGCCUCUUUUGGUAGCUGGCGGUGGCGGAGGUCUUGGAAUUGGGCAAUACAUAGACGAGGAUUUCCAGCAUGGCCAAAAGGCGAAGCCCCUUCAGGCGCCAGAAAGUGGACAAAUCAACGGGGAGCCCUUGAACAAAAAGACAGCUGGUCCAGGCGGAGGAUGGCGGGCUAAAGAGGAUCAGGCCCUGAGUCCCACCUACGGAGCUGCGCUUCUCCAGGGCGGUCGAGGUGGCCACUCCUGCUAUGUGGAACUAGCGGACAAUGGAACCUCCGUUCACAGACAUGGCCAAGGAGGCUUUGGCGGUGGCGGAGGUGGCUGCAAUACUGGAGGCGGCGGUGGCGGCUACGCUGGAGGAGAUGUCUACCUAACCGAAUCGAAUGGCGAGGGAGGAAGUUCGUACAUCAGUCCCAGUCGAAGUCUGCGGGAAAUUAGUGAAAUACUUGCCGGAGCCAGCAGUGGACCAGGUGCCAUCAUCAUUAUUCCAGCUAUCGAAGGCUGUGGCUGCGACUACAGGUGCGUGGCAUUGGAUGAGUUCCGAUCGAAGGUGCGGUGCAUCUGCCCGGAUGGCUGGAGCUUAAAGCGGGACAAUCACACCGCCUGCGAGAUCCGCGAGGAGGCGGGCAAGUCCUCCUUCCAGUAUCUCGUUUCCAUCCUAAUGAUCUCUCUGGCCGUACUCUUCAUCUGCAUAGCAGCGCUUAUCUUUAUGCUGUAUAAUCGCUACCAACGAAAGAAGCAAUCCAAGAAGCGCCACAAGAUGCUCGUGGAGCAGGACCUUCAACUUACCCGUUUGCGCAACAACAUCGACGACUCCAACCUGAACAACUUUAACCCCAACUAUGGAUGUGAUGGCAUUCUCAACGGACACAUCGAUGUCAACAGUUUGCCCCAGGUGGCACGCGAUAGCCUUCAAUUGGUCAAUGCUCUGGGCAAAGGCGCUUUUGGAGAGGUAUAUAUGGCAUUAUAUCGCCAUCGAGACGGAGAUGCGGUGGAAAUGGGCGUGGCAGUAAAAACCCUGCGGGAAGAUCCCAAGCGGGAGAAGGAGGAGGAUUUCCUAAAGGAGGCGGCCAUAAUGGCCAAGUUCAAUCACCCGAACAUGGUCCAUUUAAUAGGCGUCUGCUUUGACCGUCAGCCGUAUUAUAUAGUCCUGGAACUGCUCGCUGGCGGGGAUCUACAGAAGUUCUUGAGGGAGAACAGGAAUACCCCAGAGCGACCUUCUCUCUUGACCAUGAAGGACCUGCUUUUCUGCGCCCUAGACGUGGCCAAAGGAUGUCGCUACAUGGAGAGUAAACGCUUCAUCCAUCGCGAUAUCGCCGCCAGGAACUGUCUGCUGAGCAGUAAGGGUCCUGGCCGCGUUGUGAAAAUCGCCGAUUUUGGCAUGUCCCGGGAUAUCUACAGAUCGGACUACUAUCGCAAGGGAGGCAAGGCCAUGCUACCCAUCAAAUGGAUGCCGCCGGAAGCCUUCCUCGAUGGCAUAUUCACCUCAAAGACAGACGUGUGGUCCUUUGGCAUCCUCCUGUGGGAGGUCUUCAGUCUGGGCCGUUCGCCAUAUCCCGGCCAGCAUAACACCCAGGUAAUGGAGCUGGUGGUGCGUGGCGGUCGACUGGGAUCGCCCACCGAGUGUCCCGUCUCCAUAUACAAGGUCAUGGCCGACUGCUGGAAUCCCACGCCCGAGGAUCGGCCCACAUUCAUUACGUUGCUGGAGCAUUUGACCGCUUGCACCCAGGAUGCCAGCAUAAUGAACGCUCCUCUGCCCAAUAUUCUGGGACCCACAGCCUCCGAAAGGGACGACACAGUCAUCCGGCCGCCCAAUGGAGAGGAGUUCUGCUUGGCGGUACCUGACUACCUGGUACCUUUGCCACCCGGCGGCAGCAACAAUCCAUCGGUGGCCAGCGGAUCGGGCUACGUCCCAGAAUUGCAACGCCAGCAGAUAAGCUCCUGCACUCCGCCGGCGGUCACAUCUCCCGCCGCACCACAUCCAAGGCCAGUGGAGAGUCUUGCAACGGCCAACGGAGAUUGCUGGGAGACGUCCUUUAUACUACCGAACUCCAAGGUGGAACCACCAGUGGCUGGCAGUGGCCACGAUGUACCAUUGGCCGGCGGCGAGGAGGCCAAACUGAUCAGCUUGGACACACCACAGCCCACACCAACCACCAUCCAACCACCGCUGUCCUUUGCCUCCCAGCUGGAUGGCAUCACGUUGGAUCCCUCGGCACUGACCAAGAGUUUGCCCAACGGAAAUGCCAAGCAGUCGUACGCCAAUGUUCAGGUGAAGAACGAAGCCGAGGGCAAGGUCAUCAAUGGGGUGGUGGGCAAUGGAACGGUGAUGAACGGCGAAGUCUCGACGGGAUCGGGUGGGGCCGAUUCACCAUUCACAAUUCAGGGUUACGCGGAGCGGUACAAGGACAACAACAAUCAUUCCGAAAUCAGUUGUUAAAAAAUCUCGCAGUUCAAGAAUAUAAAUUUCCAAAUUAUUUGGAUUUCACAAGAAAAGAGAGCCGUAACGUACAAUUUAUAAAGAUUUUAAAAAUCUUUAUAAAAAGCGAUGCGGUGUAAAUCAAAUCUGAACUUCCGGGUAAUACUACUGGAUUUUGAAGACUUCGCGACCCCCUGAAAUUCGUCUUGUGUUGGAGCAAUCACAAUUUGCUGGCGCCUCACUGGCGCAUCAAAUAAUUUUACUCUCGAAUCACAAAGAGAAAAAACAGAAAAUUGAGAUAACAAAAAACGAGUGAGAACUUCUCAAAAAAUUGUAUUGUAUUUUAAUCUUAAAUUUGUAUUGCGUAGAAUGAAAAACCAACGUCGGACUACAAAAAAAACUGCAACUAACGUAAACUUAGUUGGAAUAUAUAGUUUAGUUUUUUACCAAAUAUUAGUUUUGCACGGAAAGAAACGAAAACAUUUAAAGGAAGUAACACAACAUUUUGUGAGAGGUUGUAUAUAUUAAUUGUAUCUAAGUUUUACCUUUUUACCUUUGAUUUAAAAUGAACUAUUUUUUUGUACCUUUAGUUACCAUACCUUUAGUUAACGUUUUAAGCUGAUGACUGAAAUGCCAAACAAUAUUCCUAAAGUAAAAAAGAAAGUGCGAAGCGUUAACUUAUUUUUAAUACGCAGUCCAGAAUCGGGAACCAAGAUGCCAACUCAAAGUAGUUCAAAGUGUCAAAGCUGCUCAUUUAAAGUUCGCAAUAAUACCACAAAUGUAGUCAAACAGAUAUGCCAACACAUAUGUUUUUAACAUAGGAUAUUUUUUAAUUUUAGGAUUCUCGAUUCCUGUAUUGUUUACUCCGAACAAAUUACAUUUAGUGUAAAUAACAAGCUUCCGUCGUAGCGAAUUACGUAUAUUGUAUGUAUUUGAAUAGACCUAAGGCAAAUAAAUGAAAAAAAAAUGAAAAAACAGUAGCGUGUAAAGCGAUUAAAGCGAAAAAAACUACAAUUUACAGGGUGAUUUUUAUGAAAAUUCAGUUGUAUGUUUGAAAAACAAAAACUAGCAUUAACAAAACAAAGGUGGCGCAACGACUUUCAGCUCGACACUUGAGUUGCUCAAAAUGUUGUAAAAUAUUCUUUCAGCACAGCCCUGUAUUUGUUCAUCAUCAUUAAUGCUCGUUUUUAUCAGGUGUUGAUCGGAUCGGAAUUCGAAAUUAUGUAAAUUUAGUUGAAACGUAACAAACAAGCUUUAAAUUAUAUAAUUUUUAUAAAGAUAUAUUAACGAUAUACAAGUGAGGCGACAACAUAAUAUUUAACCAAGCAGAAGUAAAUAAAUUAUACAAGAACGAUUUAAUUUACUAUAUAUUGAGGUAGGUAUACAUGCAUAUGCAUUUAUGUAUGUAUAAUUAGAUCUAAGACAAUUGAGUGUGUGUUUAAAACAACAAAUCGAUAAAUAUAAAUAUAUACAUAUUUAGAUAAUGAUACCGUAAAAUAUAUAAGAGGAUAAACGUUAUGUCUAUGUUUUGCUUUAUGUACAAGUCUACUGUUAAAUGCGCAUACAUCUAUAUACACGCAAACAUAUUCUCGUAUAUAAACAUAUGUAUAAUCAACUUAUAUAUCCGAUAUGUAUGUGCGACUAUAGCGAACCGUAAAUUAAAAUGCUGAAUACGCGAAAAUCAAAAAUCGUGUAUAUUACAAUUAUAAUUGCAUAGGUCUUACACGUGUACUCAGCCGAGCUUUCGUUUUUAUUUUUUUUUUAACCAUACUAUAUUUUCCUACUAAAUUUUGAAAUAUACCUAAAGACAUAUUUCGUACACAAAACCAAUUUACCAUACUUUGCAUAUAUUGAGCUCAAAUUUACCUUAAGUUUUAUUUUACAAGGUAAUGCAUCACAAUAAAAUUAAAAACAAAAGAACGGCUGACUAUAUAAUUUACAUUAUAUUUUACACGCGACUUGUCACAAAGAAUACCGGAUCCCAAACAAAAAAUGUACAAACAAGGAAAACAAAUUGAAAAAGAAAAAUAGAAAUAAAUACAAAUCUACCAAUGAAUGCUCACAAUCGAAUGCUCAAUAAGUGUACGAAUAUAUACGAAUAUAUAUCUCAGCAUCCACGGCUUUACACCUAGUCUUAACACUUAAUCAGUACUUUUUUUUUAGUUUUACCUAUUAUGGUUGUGCCGAGGCAUCUAAAGUAAGAAAAUGGAUCUUACUGAAGUGCAUACACACACACAUCUGCAUCAGAUCCUUUCCGUAUACAUGCAUAUACAUAUGUAUAAAACACAGACGCCUGCGAACAGGACUCCCACACAUUUUUGUACCCUGAUGACAUUACCUCGUGUACCUAAAGCCCACAACCUGAAAGAGAAGAGUUACAUAUGCAUAUGUAUAUCCACAGAUCGUUGUUGAUUGAUUGUUGAUUGGCCGCGAUGCAGUUCGAGAUUUUGGGACUUUGAUUCGGGAAAGGGGAAACCCAAUUCCAAUGCAGAUCGGUUUGUGAUUGCUAAGUUAGGAACUUAAUGAAUGUGAGAAUCGUUACGAUUCGGUGGUUCGACAACAGCUUGCGAUGUUUUCAUAAGAUGUAGUUGCAUUGAUCAAUGAAAAAAGGAGUUUUUUUUUGCAGAGCUUGCAAACCAAAGUGUAGUUCAAUUCUUUCGAGAGGUGAGAGGGAUCUGAUCGGAUCUGAUUUUGAAGCUUAGAACCAGGUCAAGGCAUUUACUUCCGAAGAGAUAAAUUGCUGGCAUACACGAUUUUGAUGGGAAUAUCAGUAGCUUUGCAAACACUUUAUUUCUCAACAAUAACAAAUUCGCAACGAAGUUUAGAGAAAUAAACACAAAUGAUAUGUACUAAAUAUAUGUUUAAACAACAACAAAAAAUGUAAGAAAUGAAAUAAGAAAACGAUCACACAAUAAAUGGUAUUUUUAUAUACUACAAAAACUCAGAAAAAAAGAUGAAAAAAACCAAAGAACAAAAAAAAUGGAAUGCAAGUUUAGUGCAUGCAAACAGGCUUAAACUUAGCUCUAGCUAUAAAGUAUAACUAAAAUAAAUACAAAAUUAAUGGUUUUCAUUUAAAAUCGUAAAUUAUUUUGUUACACUUAAAAGGUAAACAAAAGAAAAUAAGUAAAUAAUAAACAAAAAGAAAAA